AUUAUCAUCAAAACCGCUCCUGCAAAAACCCAUGUCUACCAUCACCAACUUGCCAUUGCCGGACUUACGGUUCGAAAACACCUUUAUGAAAUCACUCCGCACGUAUGCAGCCGAGUCUGCCAAGACUCCACCACAAGCGGUGCCAGAACUCGCCCUACGAACCGAAUCUGAAAUCGACUUGUUGAACGAGCAACUUGAUCUUGACGAACAAUCACAAAUAGACCAGCCCUUACCACCCAUCACGCCGGCCAUUGUGGCCUAUGCCAUAAUAAAGGACCAGAUCCUCAUGCCGUUGCUCCAGGGUAUUCUUUACAGUGGACUUAUUCUCGUUUCUAAGCCAUAUUUGCGGCUAGUGGUGCUACAAGGCCAGAAAUUUGGCAGCUACUUGGCAACGAUCCUUGGUGUACAUCAGUUUACCAGGCCACGGCCGUACCGCUGAGUGUGAUGCCCAUAAAUGUGUUUUUUUUUUCACCUUAUUUACUUCAUGCCUUAGCCAGCUCUGUAUAUACUUUAAUGUAUGCGCACUUUACUGCGCAGUUUCAUCCCUGGAAAUACUGAAAUUACUGUUGCUAGUUAUUUGCACACAUUAUGUUCAGGCGUAAAAGUCGAAGCGUACACAACGUGGCAUACACUGGGGUCAACCAUUCGGCCCCUGCCACCAGCCAACCCAAUUCUAACGCGUUGGCCGCCGCCUUGACCAUUGGUCACAGCCUUAAAAAUAAUGAUUCAACCAUCGUGCGGUCAGGUUCGAUCCAGCAAUUGAGACCUCCUCCCACCACCAAAUCCAACUCCCUUUUGAAGCGGUCACCUUCGCUCUCCAACAAACGGACUUCCAGCUUCCGAAACUUCUCGGGUGACGUCCACUCGUCUCGACUCUCGUAUGACAUUGACGAUAGCAUAACCGAGUCAUACAUGGACGAAGUUACAGACGAGACCACAAAACACUAUAACAACCACGACACGGUGCGUGACCUCAAGUUGCGACACAUCCCUGCCAACUCCCCUGCUGUCCGCCCUGGUGCUGCCGCUCAUUCCAAUCCCCCUAAAGUCAAAAUGGUCAAGAAGUACAUUCCUACGCCCAACGGGAUCAAAAUCAUCGAGGUGCCUGAAGCCAAGCUCCAGCAGGAGAUCUCCCGCAACAACUCGAUCCGCUCGGGUGCAAACAUCCCCCGGUCCAGCUCCAUCAACUCAUUGACGAGUCCUCGAGUGUCGGUGGCCAGAAGGCAACCGUCUUCCCGGCUUUCGAGUUUGAUCAAGUCUCCCACGUUGGGGGCCAUGAAGGAGGAGGCCGAGGCCUCGCCGGAGCAGGAGAGCCGCGAGUAUGCAUUGUUGGAGAAGAAAAUCCGGGAAGAAAAGGCGUUGCAGAAGAAGCUCGAGCAGAAGCGUUUGGAAUACGAGCAGUUGAAACAGAGACGGUUGGUGGACCAGCAGGCGUUGAGGGAACUCGAGGAAGAAAUAGACCACGACGCCUCGCAUUUAAUCCAUCCACAGAUCAGGCCCACAGACACUCUGUCUGUGAGCUCGGCGUACGAUAGUGACAUUAGACUGAAGGAAGUCAAUGGGUUAGGAAUUGUUUCUGCCGACACCGUCGUAGACGAACAUGAGCAUGAAGUGGUCCAGAAGCCAGUUCUUGAGAAUGUCACCGACCACUUCAUUUCUCCUACCUCCACCAACGACAUUGUUGAUGAAACAGAUGAAUCGGACUACCAGAUCCACUCGAUUGAUCCGUCAAGUGUCAUUGUGGAUGAGUUUGAGACCAGAGAGGUUUCUGAAAACGCUGAGGACUCCAUUGUUGAAGGGUCCAUUGAUCCUUCUAAAGUGCUUGUGGAUGAGCUCGAAAGUGACAAGACACCUAAGCUUGGACAAUUUGACAGUGAAGAAACACCUAAACUUGGACAAUUUGACAGUGAAGAGACACCUAAACUUGAAGAGUUUGACAGUGAAGAAACACCCAAGCUUGGACAUUUUAAUGGGGACAAGACAUCUAAACUCACAGAUGAAGGCGUAACUGGAGGAGACGAGUUUGGUAUCGAGGAGGCUGAAUUUGAUGCAGACGAUACACCUGUUCUCAACAAAGAACCAAAACCAACCUUUGAAACGGUUCCUGAGAUCAUUAACGACCAACCAACUACCACCAUCGAUGGGUUAAUGGCUCCGGUGGUGGUAAUGAAUGGGGGAAGCUCUGCUUCCUCCAUCACGUCGGAUGAAUCUCCUACCCGUUCUAAGAGACCAAUGAAGUCUGCUAUGAAGAACUCGUCUUCUUUUUCGGUUCCCAACAAUAGUAGAAGAAAGAGCAACGCUGCCCACGAAGCUUACCUUUCUUUGACUACGGCGGAAAACACCAGAUUGAACUCCAAGAUGUCCUUGAACGACAUUAACCCCGUCUACUCCCAAAGUCACCAUUAUCCCACCGACACUGCGUCCGCAACUCCCCUCAACAAAAGAAUGUCUACGUCUUUAAGAAAACCCCCACCACAAGCCCAAGGUGGACCCGGUUCGUCUCCUGGAAUGGUGAAGUCUUUGAGACCCCAGUCUAUGCAGAUUGACCCUUCAAGACAAGCCAACGAAAACGCUUCUCCAGGAGCUCGUAUGAGCCACAGAUCCUUGCGUGAUAGGUCCUCGGUGUAUGUUCAGCCCAUUGCUCCACACCCGGCCUUGAACCCUAACUACCAAUCUCUGUCGCAGGUCAAGGCUGCUGAAUUGUAUGCCAAAGCAAACAGCAGACCACACUCGACUUUCAAUGCUCCUAGAAAGACUUCGUUCAGCAAUGAGCAUGCGUCGCCUGGUGACUCAGCAAUGAGAACAAGUUUGAGGGACCACCUUCACCAGUCUCCUCCGCCUGAUUAUCAGCAACAUCAACCUAGGCAGACCAAUCAGCUUAAACCUCCGCAAUUCCAAGGUCAAGGAGAACCUAUAACUCCCACCAAACCCAGAAGUUCUCGGUUUGUCGACUCGGAUGAUGAAAUCAGCCACAAUGGGGUAUUAUCACCAGAAAGUCCGGGGGUCUUCUCUACCAGAUACAUCAACUCGGAACAAGAAAAGUACUCACAUACAGUGCCGCAUUCACAGCCCCAAAUCAAAACUAGUCGGCAGCCACAGAUCAUGACGUUGAGGGAACCACCCAAGUCGAAAGUUCCAGAUCAUGGAUCCGGCGAUAAAAGAGGAAAAGAAAAGAAGAAGGUUGGAGGAAGAUUAAGAAAAUUGUUCGGUAGAUCUUAGAAUAUAUGUGUUUGUAUAUAAAUUUGCAUUUCGUUAUUUAUGUUUGAAACUCAAUCAAGUUUUCACUCUCAUGUUCAUGUUCACUCUCGUGUGCCUUUUGUUGUUCAACCUGUGUUGUGGGUCUUGUGGAAUUACUGGUGACUUUUAACUCGCCCACCUCAGCUCCCAAAAGCACAUCCUUGUCUCCGUCAUUGAGAGCAAUGGUGUUAAAAUCAUCAUCACGUUCCUCUUCAUCAACUUCCUGGAUUCUGGUCGAUUUGCCUGAUUUCAUCGAUGCUCCGUCAGAGUUAGCCAAUAGAGCAUUGGAAGCGGCUGAGUCCAUACGACGACGGACCUUAGUAGCAACUUCUCUACCAUCAGCUAACAACCCAUCAAACAUAUCUCGUAAGUUUCGCAUGGUGUCAAAUUUGGAAUCAAGAGGUUUGUCAGCGUGGACGGAAUUCUGUAAAGUUUUGCUAAAGAAAAGCUCAUAUGUCUCAUCCGCCAAAACCACCAUUCUAAAUGUUGGAAGAUUGAGGAAUACAGGAGCGUUCGGGUUCAAUGCAGC